UGCAACCGGAAACGUCGACUCCAUGCGCACAGACAGUCGAGAAUUGACAAUAUUGAAGGCCUUUGACACAGAAAAAAAUAUAAUAUUCAAGUCAAACUUGAGAGACAGUAUCUAGAAUUCAUGAUAUUCAGUCUAGAGGAAUGGGUAAACCAAAGAACAAAGGCAAAAAGGGGCAGGAUGAAGAAUUUGAUGACGACAUUCCUGACCCUGUCUUAGAAUCGGGAGCAGCAGAUGAAGAAAUUGUAAAACCUUCAACCAAGUCUGCAGGAAAGAAAAAGAACCGGAGGAAAAAGGAUGAUGAUUGGGAGGACGACGUUGCUGCUGAACUAGCUGCAUUGUCAAUGGAGAAUAAGGGCGACGAUGUCAACGGAGAGGAAGAAGAAGAGGAUGUAUACGUUCCUAAGAAAAAGGAAAAGAAGAAGAAGAAAAAGACCAAGGCAGAUGAUGAAGAUGAUAUGUUAGAAGAUGACAAUAUAGAGGAUGAGGAGGUGGUACAGAAUAGUAAGAGUAAGAAAAAAUCUAAUAUGGCUACAUUCCAGCUACUGAUGGAGGAUGAAGACGACAUGGGGUCGGACAAGAAUGUUGAUGAUGAUGACGACGAUGAUGAAGACAAAGAAGAUAUCAUAGAAUCAAAACCUAAAGAAGUUGUGGUUGAGAGUAAUAAGUCGAAGUCUAAAAGUAAAAAGGACAAGAAAAAAGGACAAAAAGACGAGGAUAUUGAUGCCAUUUUAGCAGACCUAGAAAAACCUAAAACAUCUAAGAAAAAGAAGAAGAAAGGAGGGAACGUAGAGGAAGAAGAAGAGGGAGAACGAGCUGCUAACAAUGAUGUGCCGACAGAGGAGGAUCUAGAGGCCAAGAUGCAACCCAAGGUGGUGACCAUGGAGGACCUAGAGGAGGAAGAUGAUGAUGACAGGAAAAAAAGGAAAAAGAAAGGGAAAAAGAAGGAUACAAAGGAAGAAGCAGAAGGGGAGGAGGAAAUGGAGGAAGGGGAUGAAGGUGAAGAGGCUGAGGAAGGGUCAACUGUAAAGACUAACGCCCAGAAACGUAAAGAAAAGAGAGAGCGUGAGAAAUUAAAGAAACAACAGGAAAAGAAAAAGCAGAAACCGAAGCCUACUGAAGAAGCCGAUGCGACACCAGCCGAGAGUACAGAGGGAGCCACUGUAGAAGAAGGUGCAGAAGGUGAAAACAAAGAUGGGGAAGAUGAGAAAAAAGAAGAAAAGGAAGGAAAGAAGAAGAAAAAGAAAGGAGAAAAGGAAGAAAAGAAGAAAAAAACAAAGGCUCCUGUGGCAGCUAUCAAAGCUCAGUUAGAGCUGAUCAGAGCGGAGGAGGAACGCAUCCGGAAGGAAGAAGAAGAAAGGGAAAAGAGAGAAGAGGAAGAACGCGUGAGAAAGGAAGAGGAGAAACGUCUUGAGGAAGAGAAAAAGCAAAGGAAAAAGCAGAAAGAAAAAGAAAAGAAAGAGCGUUUGAAACAGGAGGGGAAAUUGCUAACUGGAAAACAGAAACAGGAUCGCCAGCGAGCCAUGCAGAUGUUGGAAGAAAUGAAGGCCAGAGGUAUAGAUAUCCCAAACAGAGACGAAAUUGUGAAGAAGCGGCCCAUCUACUCAAAUCGUAAAAAGAACCAGAAGCAACAACAACACACAGAGGAUACACCAUCACCAGUAGAAGAGGUGUCGCCUUCAGUCUCUAUAGAAGAGAAAACCCCAGAACCAGAAACGAAAAAGGAGGAAAAAGAAACAGAGGAAGUGGCAGAUGCUUGGGAUGCAGAGGAUGACACGAAGGAUGCUUGGGAUGCAGAGGAUGAAGAGAAAAAAGAAGAGGAAAAGGAAGUAGAGAAAACAACAGAGCCAGUCAUAGAAGAGAAGGAAGAAGAAAUAGAAGAGGAAAGUGACGAGGAGAGUGAAGAGGAAGAUGACGAAGAAGAGGAGGAGGAAGAGAGUAGCACAGAAGAAGAAAGUGAAGAUGAUGAUUUGACCCCAGUAGAACGUGCCAGGGAUCGCAUUAUGAAACGGAGAGAAGAGGCAGAGAAGCAGCGUUCAACAGAUGUGCUGAGGUCUACUGUUGUGUGUGUACUUGGACAUGUGGACACGGGUAAAACAAAGAUUCUGGAUAAGCUGCGGAAAACCAAUGUCCAGGACGGUGAAGCAGGGGGGAUAACCCAACAAAUUGGUGCUACAAAUGUUCCUGAGCAUGCUAUCAGGGAUCAGACUAAAAUGUGUAAAGAGUUUUCGAAGAAGGAAUUAAAAGUACCAGGAUUAUUAAUCAUUGAUACACCAGGCCAUGAGUCUUUCAGUAACCUACGGUCCCGUGGAUCCUCACUCUGUGAUAUUGCUAUUCUGGUUGUGGACAUCAUGCAUGGCCUUGAACCUCAGACAAUCGAGUCCAUCAACCUCCUUAAGCUGCGUAAAACACCUUUUAUUAUUGCCCUCAAUAAGGUGGACCGACUUUAUCAGUGGAAACCCAUGCCUCAAACAGACAUUGUCAAUGUCAUUAAGAAACAGAAUCCCCAAACCAAGGGCGAGUUCGACAAGCGUUCCCGCGAGGUCAUCACACAGAUGGCUGAACAGGGCCUGAAUUCAGCAUUGUUUUUUGAAAACAAGAACCCUAAAGAAUACAUCUCUCUAGUGCCGACGUCAGCCCACUCAGGAGAUGGGAUGGGUAACCUGAUUGCCCUGCUGUGUGAGCUGUCACAGACCAUGCUGGCCAAGCGUCUGUCUUACUGUACUGAACUUCAGGCUACCGUCAUGGAGGUGAAAGCACUCCAUGGUUUGGGGACAACGAUAGAUGUUAUCCUAGUCAAUGGAAAGCUUAGAGAAGGGGACCUGAUGGUGGUACCUGGCACUGAGGGACCUAUCGUCACACAAAUCAGAGGGCUGCUCAUGCCCCAACCCAUGAGGGAACUCCGGGUCAAGAGUCAAUGGGAACAUCAUAAGGAGGUCCUGGCUGCCCAGGGAGUGAAGAUCAUCGCCAAGGACAUGGAGAAAGCUGUCGCAGGGCUACCUCUCUAUGUUGCUAAGAACCAAGACGAAACAGAGUAUUAUAAGGAGGAACUGUCUGCAGCACUCAAAGAGGCUCUAAACUCCAUCAAGCUCUCAGAACGAGGCGUGUUUGUACAAGCUUCUACACUCGGCUCAUUGGAAGCUCUUCUGGAAUUUCUUAAAGUGUCCAAUAUUCCAUAUGCCGGCAUAAAUAUUGGACCAGUUCACAGAAAAGACAUUAUGAAGGCUUCUAUUAUGUUGGAGCAUGAUACUCAGUAUGCUACGAUUCUUGCAUUUGAUGUGAGGGUGGAGAGGGAAGCUCAAGAGAUGGCAGACAAUUUAGGUGUAACAAUAUUUACCGCAGACAUUAUUUAUAACUUGUUUGACAAGUUCAUUGCCUAUAGAAACGCUAUCAAAAAGAAAAAUCAGGACCUUUAUAGACAUAUAGCAGUGUUUCCUUGUAAGGUUCGCAUUCUACCCCAGUUCAUCUUUAACUCACGUGACCCUAUUGUGUGUGGUGUUAUCAUAGAAGACGGAUUCCUCAAGGAAGGGACCCCACUCUGUGUGCCAAGUAAAGAGUUUUUGGAUAUUGGACGGGUAACCAGUGUGGAGGCUAACCACAAACACGUUGACAUUGCCAGGAAAGGAAUGGAGGUGUGCAUUAAGGUGGAGCCCCUUCCAGGGGACACUCCCAAGAUGUUUGGUCGACACUUCGAUGAAACAGACAUGCUCACGAGCAAGAUCUCGAGAAACUCCAUAGACGCGGUGAAGAACUACUUCCGAGAAGACAUGCUGAAACAGGACUGGCAACUUAUGCUUGAACUCAAAAAGAAGUUUGAAAUUUUAUGAAAUCCCCGGAUAUCCGCACACAUGUGAUUGGAUAGAAUAAGUGGCAUUAUAUGAAAGUCAGGGACUUGGGGGGGGAGGGGGUCCUGAAAGACUUCCAUUCCGGAAAAUAUGACAUUUAGAUCUGGUUCUUGGAAAUUUCAUGGAAUUUUCCAUGCUUAUGAGUGUUUUGGAGAGAAUAUCGUGCAUUGUUGCUUUUUUCUUGCUAAGCAAAGAAGAAUAUCGGUAUGUGAGUAGGAGAGAGAGAAAGUACUGUACAUGUUAUGUCAAAGAAAAGGGAUUACUUCUAUACACUGUUAAGAGGAACAUGAUAAGUAAUUAGAAUUGGCACAUGGACAUCUAUAGGGACAACUCUGAUCAUACAGAAAUAGCUACAGUUACCCCUGGAAGGAUGGAAGCUUGGUAUAGUUAUUUGUCAAAACACAACUGAAAAAUUGACUGAAAAUUUCUGUUCAACAAAAUGUUUGUCAUUCUUUUUUUUUUCCCUUUCAACAAGAAGGCCAUUGAGUAUUAUGAUGGUGUCCAAUGGAGAAACAUAUUAAGAACAGAGGACGCAAAUUUGCUUACUGAAAAUGUUGUUAAUGAUAGGCUAACUGACUUGGAGAUUAAGGAAGUUUCUGGUGUAAGGAACAGUUUUUGUUUACAUCAUAUUUUCAUUUAGAGAACAGUAGGCUAACUGACUUGGAGUUUAAGGAAGUUUCUGGUAUCAGGAACACUUUUUGUUUGCAUCAUAUUUUCAUUUAGAGAACAGGGAUUUUACAGACUUGGAUUGAAGAAAAAAUCAUUGAUUAUAGUCUUAGGACUAAUCUUUUUUUUUAAAGUUAAAUCCCAAGCAAGGCAAUAAUUAAAAUCAUAUCUGAAUGAAAGACAUAUCUUGAAAAUAUUGAGCCCCUUGCAAUGUUUUUGGCUUCAGUUUGAUAUUGGAAUGUCAAUACCAACACUGACUAACAAGGCUGUUUAAAUUUUUGUGAACUGAUCAGACAGAUCGAAAUUAUGUUUGAUAUGAACACUUAAAAUAGUGAAAUUAUCAAGAGUCUUUAAUAACCUCACUUUUGUUAGAUCCUGAACUUUGCAUGUCCUGAUAAAAUGAUGUAAUGAACCGCUAUAUGGUAUGGAACAUAGCCAACAUGUGAUUUAUAGAUUUCUAGCGAGAGUUAUCUCCCUUGAAAAUGAUGUUUCAGAAUUAUCACUAAUUACCAUCAUCAAUGCAUACAAUCUUGAGGUUUGGUAUGCGAUGCAUUAAUCAACAAAGUCAAAAUCACCGUGCAUAAAAGCUUUACUACAAGUUUGUUAAUGAAGAACUCUUUUAAAAGGAGACACAUUUCAGAGUAGGUAGCAGACAUCUUUAAUUAUUCCCGACUAGGAAAUGUAUAAAUCAUCAGGAAAGGUAAUUUGGUAUUUUUUCAUUGAUACUGAAGACUUGUUGACUGGGGAAAAACAUUUAUAAAUAAAUCUAAAGAAAUGGUAUGUGAUAUCUUUAUCAAAAAGAUAUAAUUGUGAUUUUAGUUAAGGAUGCCUGUAUAAAUGUCAAAUUAAAUGAAAAAGGACAUUGAUUCUUUCUGGCAGCUUAACGUUGUCAACAUUUGUAUCCAUAACUGUAUCAAACUCUGCAGUGAUCAACCAGGGCUAGACAAUAAUGAAGGGUAGCCUGAAAGUCUGACACUUGUGAAAUCUCCAGCUGAAUUAGUGGUUCUAAAAUCAGAUAACAUUGACUUGUCAAAAUUUGAUAUUGCUAAUUUUGUUGAAUAAUAUUGGGUUAGUGAAAUUUGAAUAUGGACUGUUAAAAAUGGGAAAGUACUACCCAAAUGGACAAGUGUUAUUCAAAAUUAAUUUCUAGCCCUAAACAAUGUGUCUGUGGUCAACAUGUGUACCUUAGCUACACAAAACUCUGCAGUCUACAGUGGUCAACAUCUUUAGCCAUGACCACUCCAAUUUGUCAGUGGUCAACAUGUGUGUCAAUAACUUCAAGAUUUGCCAGAAGUCAGCAUGUUUGUCCAUAAGGGGACACAACUUUGAGUAUUUCUAUUCGUAAUUUUCAAUCCAGAUGAAAUUUGGAAUAAAAUGUGUUUACCCAGGAGAACCCACCUGAGAUUAAUUGUGAACUGACGAUUCCAUGUAUUGUUAAAGUGCUAAAGUAACCAAGGGAGAUAACUCAAUAGUGCUGAGUGCUGUUAGAUUUAGUGAUGCACCUCUGCACAUGUAGAACAUACUCACUGGUACUAAACCAAACAACAUAUACAAAGACAAGAUGGAAAAUUUCCAUGAUUUUUAGAAUGCUUCAAAAUUUGGGGGAUAUUUAUUUUUUCAAAAAAUCAUCAUUCUCUCCCAAAAUGCUUCACUUGCAAUUGCUGUCGGUGAAAAAUGUAUGAGGAAUAAAGUCUAUUUCUUCGGUACUAAAAUCUGUGUCUU